UAUCUGAGUUGGUCGCUGUAGCUUCACUCUGCUGCGGUUUCCUGUGAAGGAAGGGUUCGGGGUUGAUGCAGGAGAGAACCAUGGCGGCCACUGAGAUAGCGCGACAAGCGGGAGAGGGUGCACGUGCCGUCCCACUCUCUGGUCAUGUUGGCUUCGACAGCAUGCCGGACCAGCUGGUCAACAAGUCCGUCAACCAUGGCUUCUGCUUCAAUAUCCUCUGCGUGGGGGAGACGGGUUUGGGAAAGUCCACCCUCAUGGACACCUUGUUCAACACCAAAUUUGAGGGUGAACCCACACAGCACAAUCAGCCUGGAGUGCAGCUCAAGUCCAACACUUAUGAGCUGCAGGAGAGCAACGUUCGCCUCAAGCUCACUAUGGUCAACACUGUAGGUUUUGGAGAUCAGAUCAACAAAGAGGAUAGUUACAAGUCUAUUGUGGAGUUCAUCGAUGCUCAGUUUGAAGCGUACCUUCAAGAGGAACUGAAGAUUAAACGCACCCUACACAGUUAUCAUGAUACACGGAUCCACGCCUGUCUGUAUUUCAUCGCUCCCACUGGACACUCGCUAAAGUCACUUGACCUGGUUACUAUGAAGAAGUUAGACAGUAAGGUGAAUAUCAUCCCUAUCAUUGCCAAAUCAGAUGCCAUCUCAAAGAGUGAACUGGCAAAGUUCAAAAUCAAGAUUACAAGUGAGUUGGUUAGCAAUGGUGUCCAGAUCUACCAGUUUCCCACUGACGAUGAGACUGUGGCAGAGAUCAACUCAACCAUGAAUGGUCAUUUGCCUUUUGCAGUAGUGGGAAGCACUGAGGAAGUGAAGAUUGGGAACAAGAUGGUGCGAGCACGCCAGUACCCCUGGGGAACCGUCCAGGUGGAGAAUGAGAAUCACUGUGAUUUUGUGAAGCUGCGAGAGAUGCUGAUCAGGGUCAACAUGGAGGACCUGAGAGAGCAGACUCACACUCGCCACUAUGAGCUAUACCGCCGCUGCAAGCUGGAGGAGAUGGGAUUCAAAGACACUGACCCCGACAGCAAACCCUUCAGCCUCCAGGAAACAUACGAGGCCAAGAGGAACGAGUUCAUGGGGGAGCUGCAGAAGAAAGAGGAAGAGAUGAGGCAGAUGUUUGUCCAGAGAGUCAAAGAGAAGGAAGCAGAGCUGAAAGAGGCAGAAAAAGAGCUUCAUGAAAAGUUUGACCGUCUCAAGAAGCUUCACCAGGAUGAGAAGAAGAAACUAGAGGACAAGAAGAAGUCUCUCGAUGAUGAGCUGAACGGCUUCAAGCAGAAGAAGACGGCUGCUGAGCUGCUGCACUCACAGGCCCAGCAGGCAGGGAGCUCCGCCACACUCAAGAAGGAUAAAGAGAGGAAAAACUUCUUUUAACUCUGUCUUGGCCACCCGUUGGAAGAGGGGAUUGCAGCUUCCACGAGAACUAAGCGUCCACUCUUCUUCCUGUCUUUUUCACUCCGUCAGCCUUGUUUGAAUGUUUUUGUUUUUUUCAUUUUUAAAAUUUCAUGCUGUGUGCCCUGUUGAACAUGGCCUUAUGUGGGCUUAACAUGGUAUUUUUUCAACGAAUAUUAGCGCUGUUUUCUAAUUAGGGCAUGCCAAGCAGUCCCUCAUUAGACAUCUUUUGCUGGCGACACCAGAGCCAAAGCUCUGAUAGAAAGGCUGUUAACUAAAGCAAUGCUUUUGGAGUGAGUUCAGUUUAGCAUUUCACAUCUAUGAUAUUGCCUUGUUCAAUUAAACUGUUUAUUUUAUUUUAUGGAUAUGUGUUUGUGAAUAAACCUGCAUGUACUCAUCAACCUUAACACAGUGCUAACUGUGAGGAGCGAAUGGAUUCUAACUUAUUUGCAAACACUAUGCUUAAUUUAGGGUGUGAAUUAUUUAAGUUGAGUAAGAAUAUCUUUAAUAAGACUUUAGCAUUUCGACUCGCUGGCUGUGAAUAUUGAGAAAAUCCAAAGAAAAUGGGCCCGAAAGUUCCUGGUUGUUAAGGCAGGCAAAUGUGUUAAGUGAGAGAGAUUUAACUGUAAUUUAAUGAGAAUCUUUAUCUGGAAGCACGAGCAAAAUCGGAGAGGUUUGUAUUGUAUGUUUUGUAAUCCCCUUUACAUUUUACAGGACACAUUUCUAGUCUUAAACACUCACAGCAAUAUAGUUCUAAUUAUUUUAUUUAAAAUCUUAGGGAGUAAUGGAACACCUAUUGAAUACCAUGUAGGUCACAUUCAGUGCCACUUUUAUAUUCUUUAUCUUCUGUUCUUUUGCAUGCCCUGAAAAUAUUUUGAUUAUAUAUGGACUUAUUCUUUGAUUAGAGAUUUACACUUCAAAUGCUUCUUUCUUUGGACCAUUUUAUUACGUGUUUUUAUUUCAGGUACAAUGUGCAGUUAUGGUCAGUUUUUAAAUGUAAUUUUCCAUUUUGCCAAAUAUUGCAUAGAGAUAUACAUCAAGGGUUUUCAGUAAUUUCAAGUCAGUCAGUUAUGAAGUACAGAUGUUUAUGCAUAUGUGUGUAGUACAUAUAAUUUUUAAGGACCUAUUUUGCGUAUCAACUUUGAAAUCUGUUUUAAUGAUUAAUUACAUUGACAAGUGACUGUUUUUUCCUGUGAAACAUUUUGGGUGUCAAGACAUUUUUCUAGUCAUCUUCCAUAUUUUCCCCUUAAUGUCAAUUACCCCGAUCCCUGUAAUUCCAGAAAUUUGUGAAGUAUUUAACUGUAGUAAGAUUCCAUGGUGUACAUUUUCAAUAAAAUUACAUUAAAACAAC